AGAACCUUAUCAUAGGUGGUGACGAAAUAGAGAGAGAGAGAAUGGAUUUCAGUGAGUUGAGAAAAGCGGUGGAGGAUGUGGAAGCGGUGGACGCUAACGCUCACAGCUUAGUUUCUCUCGAUUCCAACUAUGCUUUCAUCCAUGCUUUUUCUGCACCACACUCACUAUCUUUCAAGAGAAAUUUAAGAGAUAUUGCUGAGCUCUAUGGAUCCAAGCUAUCUUUGCAAGCUGUUGAAGAAUACCGUAGAGUCUCUGGAAUGCAAUCUAUCUGCUCGACAUGCUUCAAAGCUGCAAGAAUCACUUCCAUACUUAUUGAUGAUGGCUUAGAAUUGGACAAAAAGCAUGAUAUAGAGUGGCAUAGGAGUUAUACACCUCAUGUUGGUAGGAUCUUAAGAAUUGAACAGUUGGCCGAGGAAAUCCUUGAUGGGGACUUGGCUGAUGGAUCUUCUUGGACACUGGAUUCAUUUACUAAAGCAUUUGUCUCAAAGUUGAAAUCAGUUGCUGGUGAGAUCUUUGGAUUGAAAAGCAUAGCUGCGUACCGCAGUGGCCUAGAAAUCAAUACCAAAGUCACUAAGCAGGAUGCUGAGGAGGGUCUGAGGCAAGUGUUGAUUGCUAGGAAGCCUGUCCGUAUUGCAAACAAAAAUCUUAUUGACUACAUCUUCUUACAAAGUUUGGAAGUUGCUCAAUCCUAUGACUUAGGAAUGCAGAUACACACAGGCUUUGGAGAUAAAGAUCUUGAUUUGCGACUUUCCAAUCCUCUUCUUCUACGUGCAGUCCUUGAGGACAAGAGAUUUUCGAAGUCUCGAAUUGUUCUUUUACAUGCAUCCUAUCCAUUCUCAAGGGAAGCAUCAUAUCUAGCAUCUGUUUACUCACAGGUCUACCUUGAUUUUGGGUUGGCAAUUCCAAAGCUUAGUGUACAUGGGAUGAUUUCUUCAAUGAAAGAGCUGUUAGAGCUGGCCCCAAUAAAUAAGAUGAUGUUCAGUACCGAUGGCUGUGCAUUUCCUGAAACAUUCUACUUAGGUGCUAAGAAGUCCCGUGAAGUUGUUUUCUCUGUUCUUCGUGAUGCAUGCAUUGAUGGUGAUCUCUCAAUUCCUGAGGCUGUGGAAGCUGCAAAGGACAUCUUUGCACGAAAUGCAAUCCACUUUUACAAGAUUAGUUCUGCUAAUAAUGGUGUUAGUGCAGCUAACGGUGUUGUUAGUGCAGCUAACGGUGUUGUUAGUUCAGCUAAUGGUGUUGUUAAUUCACAAAGUAAUUUGCCCCAAAAGUUAAAUGAUGGCUUAGACUCUGAUGUGUCACUGGUUCGUCUCAUGUGGGUUGAUAGUUCAGGACAGCACAAAUGUCGUGCGAUUCCUAAAAAGCGUUUCAUUGAUUCUGUUGCAAAGAAUGGGGUUGGUUUAGCAGUUGAGACUAUGGCAUUCUCUUCUCUAAUCGGUAGACCUGCCAAAGGGUCUGGUCUAAAUGCAGUUGGUGAAACAAGAUUAAUACCUGAUUUGUCUACAAUGAGGAGAAUCCCAUGGAAAAAGCAAGAGGAAAUGGUUUUAGCUGAUAUGUACAUUAAACCUGGUGAAGCUUGGGAUUUUUGCCCAAGAGAAGCCUUAAGAAGAGCUUCAAAAAUUCUGAAAGAUGAAUUUGACUUGGAAAUGAAAGCAGGAUUUGAGAAUGAAUUUGUUCUCUUGAAGAACAUCUCAAGGGAAGGGAAAGAGGAAUGGGUACCGUUUGACUCGAAUCCAUACUGCUCCUCAUCAUCAUUUGAUGCUGCUUCACCUGUAUUUCAUGAAGUAGCUGUCGCUCUUCAUUCCUUGGGAAUUUCAGUAGAACAGAUACAUGGUGAGUGUGGAAAAGGUCAAUUUGAGCUGGUUUUGGGAUAUACCAUUUGUACUAAAGCAGCAGACUACUUAGUUUACACCCGUGAAGUUGUUAGGGCAAUCGCUAGAAAGCAUGGAAUGCUGGCAACUUUUAUUCCAAAGUUCUCAUUAGAUGAUUUGGGUUCGGGAUCCCAUGUUCAUCUUAGCUUGUGGCGCAAUGGCCAAAAUGUAUUUAUGGCAUCUGAUAGAUCAUCUAAGCAUGGAAUAUCAACUCUGGGAAAGGAAUUUAUGGCUGGAAUUCUACUUCAUCUUCCUUCAAUUUUGGCAAUUGUAGCGCCACUCCCUAACAGUUAUGAUCGAAUACGACCCAACACAUGCGUUGGUGCAUACCAUUUCUGGGGAAAUGAAAAUAGGGAGGCUCCAUUGCGAGCUGCAGCUCCACCUGGAACUCCUGAUGGUCUAGUGAACAACUUAGAGGUGAAAUCAUUAGAUGGUACUUCAAAUCCAUACUUGAGCUUAGUUGCCUUAAUUGCUGCUGGCGUUGAUGGCCUUCGUAGGCAUCUUUCUCUCCCUGAACCUGUUGAUGCAAAUCCAAAUCCGGAAAUCCAUCAGAGAUUGCCAGCAUCACUUUCUGAAUCUUUGGAUGCUCUCCAAAAGGAUGACUUCCUUAAGGACUUCAUCAGUGACAAGUUUCUAGCUGCCAUAAAAGCAGUUCGAAAGGCUGAAAUCGACUAUUACUCGAAGAACGAGGAUGCAUACAAGCAACUCAUACACCGAUUUUGAUCUACUUGUGUUUCUAUGCAAGACUUGUUGGAGCAUAAUUUACAUUCUGCUGAUUUCUUCGCGAUGAACAUUCGUCGUUGUUUGCAUUUAAAAUUCUGAGCUUUAUGGUUCAAGCCUUUCGGGACAAAGAAAUUUAUGGUCAUUCGUAUUUGCUAUUAUUUCGGAUUUUAAUUUGUUCAUUGUACGGUAUAAACUUUGGUUUCA